AUGGCGGACAGUGGAACAGCAUCCACAGCUAGUGUUAGCUACAAACCAGUGGAUCCCAGACAGUCCUGCCAAUGCAAAGCCAAACUAAAAGUGCAUGACGGACGUCGAAUCACACCUUGCGGCAAGGUCAGCCUAACUUGCGAGUAUAAAGGAGAAGUCACAGCGAUAGACUUCAUACUUGUUGAGCAAGAUCUACCAUCCAUUCUUGGAUUGAGGUCCUGUCUCGAUCUAGGCCUGAUAAAGAGAAUUUACCGCAUUGAAGAAGAGAACCUGGAAUCUGAAUACGCAGACGUGUUUGAGGGCUUGGGUGAGGUCAAAGGCGUCCAGUACAAGAUUCAAAUUGAUCCCAAUGCCACCCCUGUUGUGCACCCUCCCCGUCGGGUUCCUGUGGCCCUUCGCGAACCUCUUAGAGAGGAACUUCAGAGAAUGGAAAAGCUGGGAGUCAUUAAGAAAUGUCCAGAACCCACUGCCUGGGUACAUAGUCUUGUUUUUGCUAAGAAGAAGAAUAACAAACUCAGAGUGUGCAUGGAUCCUAGCGAUCUCAAUCGUGCUGUCAUGCGCGAACAUUUUCCCAUGCAGACCGUGGAAGAUGUGAUUAGCAGAAUGCCCAGUGCAAAAGUGUUCAGUGUCCUUGAUGCUAACCAUGGCUUUUGGCAGGUUAAACUAGCCACGGACAGUAACAAGCUAGGUACCUUUAACACCCCAUUUGGCCGGUAUAGUUAUACACGUUUGCCAUUUGGGAUAGCAUCGGCUCCAGAAGUGUUCCAAAAUGUUAUGUCUCAUUUGUUUCAGGACAUUGACGGUGUUGAGGUAAUUGUGGAUGAUCUGGUUGUGUGGGGAAAAGAUUUGGAGCAACAUGAUGUGAGACUUAGACAAGUGUUGGACCGGUGCCGUGAGCAUAACUUCAAGCUUAACAGGGAGGAAUGCCAUUUUCGAGUAUCCGAAGUUCAUUAUGUGGGCCACGUGUUGAGUGCAGAUGGUGUUAAGCCAGACCCGAAUAAAGUUGAAGCAAUCAUUGCUAUGCCAAUCCCAGCCAAUCGUGAAGACUUACGGAGAUUCUUGGCUCCAGUCCUCAAGUUCUUUGACCCGAAAGAACCAGUGACCCUUACUGUUGAUGCAAGCUCAAAAGGGGUUGGUGCAGUCCUUCUGCAGAAUGACCGCCCAGUUGUUUACGCAUCCAAAGCCCGGACUCCCAGCCAAGAAAAGUAUGCGCAGACGGAGAAGGAAAUGCUAGCGAACGUCUUUGGGUGUGAACGGUUUCAUGAUUAUUUGUAUGGGCAACGGGAGAUUACGGUUGAAAGCAACCAUAAACUGUUGGAAGCAAUCCUGAAGAUCCAUACAUCCAUACAUCAAUCACCCCUUCGCCUUCAAACGAUGAUUCUCAGGAUUAAGCCUUACGCUGUUGAGGUUAAGUAUAUACCUGGCAGCAAACUGCCCUUAGCUGAUACGCUCUCCAGAGCAUGUUUAUCCCACAAAGGUACAGACCAACCUCAUGAGUUUGAAAUUCAUGUCCUGGACUCUGGAAAUUUGUCGGAGACGAUGUUUCACAAGUUGAGGGACGGAACUGAGAGUGACCCUGAACUUCAACAGUUGCAGAAAGUUUUCAUGAGUGGUUGGCCGCAGACUAAAGUAGAGACACCAGUUGAGACAAGACCUUACUCGAACUACCGAGAUGAAAUGAGCUGCUACGAGGGGUUAAUGUUCAAGGGUGAUCGCAUAACUGUUCCCCAUAGCAUGCGACCCGAAAUACUUCAACGCAUACACGCUGCUCACUUGGGGAUAGAGAAGUGCAGAACGCGAGCCAGAAGUGCAGUGUUUUGGCCAGGUAUCAAUAGUGCGAUCGACGAGUUGGUAUCCAAGUGUAGUACCUGUCAGCAACACCAGCGAAGCAACCAGAGAGAGCCUUUAAUUCCUCAAGAGGUCCCUGAGAGAGCCUGGGCGACAGUUGCAGCAGACAUUCUCUACUAUAAAGGGAGAGACUACCUGCUUGUAGUUGACUAUUUCUUCAAAUAUCCUGAGGUAGCCCGCCUCUCCUGUAAGAAUAUUGUGAAGCAGUUAUCUUGGCCAUGA